GAGAAGAAGAGGAGCUUCUCCUCGACCGACAGCAAGCUGCUGCGGAGCUCUGCGCCCUUUAUGAUCACACACACACACACACACACACACACACACACACACACACACCAGCUCAGCUCGGGUAUACAUACACACAUGUGUGCGUGUGUUUUUUAAACAAUGCGCAAGUUUUUUGUUUUAGUUUUUUUUUGUAGCGCGGACUCGAAUCUAGCAGUCGUCCGGAGGUGAGCGACGGGAGAGAGAGAGACACAGAGAGCGAGCGAGAGAGAGAGAGAGAGACACAGAGAGAGAGAGAGAGAGAGAGAGAGGACAGUGAUUCAGUGGGAAUUAAAUAGAGACUUAGUCGUUUUGUGAGGCAACGAGCUGCAGACGGAAAACUCCCGGGUCCCGCUCACAGUUGACUUCACUCCUGGAGUGGUAAUGUCCCCCCUCGGUGGCCCCCGUCCAACCCAGUGAAGGACGUGCGAGUGCCGGGCUGCUGCUAAUGGGAACUCCUGCUCCGCCAUGAGUGCUCGUGAUGGCGUUGGUGGCGUGGGCACCCUGGGCCGGCGGCAGCGCUUCGAGAACUCCGAUUUCACCGUGCGCAUCUACCCAGGCCCCCUGGCCGAGGGCACCAUCUACUGCCCGAUCAGUGCCCGCAAGACCACCACCGCCGCUGAGGCCAUCGAACACGUCAUCGGACGCCUCCACCUCGACCGCACCAAGUGUUACGUUCUGGCUGAGGUGAAGGAGUUUGGCGGAGAAGAAUGGAUCCUGAACCCCAGCGACUGUCCUGUGCAGAGGAUGAUGCUCUGGCCCCGCGUGGCACUGGAGCACCGCUCACUGUCCGGCGGCGACGAUUACCGCUUCCUUCUACGGCAGAAGAACCUAGACGGUUCGAUUCACUAUGGCGGCAGCCUCCAAAUGUGGCUGCAGAUCACAGAGGAGCGCCGGCGCAUGGUGGAGCGCGGACUGCUGCCGCAGCCUGAAUCUCAGGGUGACCACGCAGAUCUGUGCCGCCUGCCGGAGCUCAACGAGCGCUCGCUGCUGGACAACCUGCGCUCGCGCUUCCAGCAGGAAAAGAUCUACACCUACGUCGGAAGCAUCCUCAUCGUCAUCAACCCCUUCAAGUUCCUGCCCAUCUACAACCCCAAGUACGUGAAGAUGUAUGAUAAUCAUACGCUGGGAGAUCUGGAGCCACACAUAUACGCGGUGGCGGACGUGGCCUACCACACCAUGCUGCAGAGACGCAGGAAUCAGUGCAUCGUUAUAUCUGGGGAGAGCGGCUCUGGGAAGACGCAAAGCACAAACUUUCUUAUCCAUCACCUGACUGCUCUCAGCCAGAAGGGGUUCGCCAGUGGAGUGGAGCAGAUCAUCUUGGGGGCAGGACCAGUAUUAGAGGCAUUCGGGAACGCGAAGACGGCCCACAACAACAACUCGAGUCGCUUCGGCAAGUUCAUUCAGGUGAACUACCAGGAGAGCGGCACCGUGAGAGGAGCAUAUGUGGAGAAAUACCUCCUGGAGAAGUCGAGGCUGGUCUAUCAGGAGCACAACGAGCGAAACUACCAUGUGUUUUACUACCUGCUGGCAGGAUCGAGUGAAGACGAGAGGGCCGCCUUUCACCUCAAGAAGCCUGAAGAAUAUCAUUACCUCAGUCAGCACCGCCAGAUGACAAAGACAAGCCACCAGCCUCACUGGGACAGUUACUGUGAGAGUGAACCGGACUGCUUCACUGUGGAAGGAGAAGACCUGAAGCAUGACUUUGAGAGGCUUCAGCUGGCCAUGGAGAUGGUGGGCUUCCUUCCUUCCACGCGCAAACAGAUCUUCUCCCUGCUGUCGGCCAUCCUGCACCUGGGCAACAUCUGCUACAAGAGGAAAACCUACAGGGACGACUCGAUAGACAUCUGUAACCCCGAGGUGCUGCCGGUCGUCUCAGAACUGCUCGAGGUCAAAGAAGAGAUGCUGUUCGAAGCCCUGACGACACGGAAGACGGUCACCGUGGGAGAGAAGCUGAUUGUGCCCUACAAACUUUCCGAGGCCGGCACGGUGCGAGACUCCAUGGCAAAGUCCCUGUACAGUGCCCUCUUCGACUGGAUCGUCUUCAGGAUCAACCACGCUCUGCUCAACAUGAAGGACCUGGAGGACACCACCAUGGUCCUGUCCAUCGGGGUGCUUGACAUCUUUGGCUUUGAAGACUUCGAGAACAACAGCUUUGAACAGUUCUGCAUCAACUUUGCCAACGAGCGUCUGCAGCACUACUUCAACCAGCACAUCUUCAAGCUCGAACAGGAGGAGUACAGGGCGGAGGGCAUCAGCUGGCGAAACAUCGACUACAGUGACAACACGGACUGCAUCAACCUGAUCAGCAAGAAGCCCACGGCACUGUUCCACCUACUGGAUGAGGAGUGCAAUUUCCCUCAAGCCACCAACCAGACGCUGUUGGACAAGUUCAAGCGGCAGCACGAGGGCAACUGCUACAUCGAGUUCCCGGCCGUCAUGGAGCCCGCCUUCAUCAUCCGACAUUACGCUGGCAAGGUCAAGUACGGCGUCAAGGACUUCAGGGAGAAGAACACCGACCACAUGCGGCCGGACAUCGUGGCGUUGCUGAAGAGCAGCAAGAACGCCUUCAUCUGCGGCCUGAUCGGCAUCGACCCCUCGGCCACCUUCCGCUGGGCGGUGCUGCGCGCCUACUUCAGAGCCCUGGUGGCUUUCAGAGAAGCCGGGAGGAGACACACGCAGAAGAAGACUGGUGGGCAUGAUGACGCUGCUCCCUGCGCCCUUUUGAAAAGUGUGGAUAGUUUUAGCUUUCUGCAGCACCCAGUGCAUCAGAGGAGCUUAGAGAUCCUGCAGCGAUGCAAAGAGGAGAAGCACAGUGUCCCCAGGAGGAGCCCGCGCACGCCGCUGUCGGACCUGCAGGGAAGCAACGCCAUCAACGACAAGUCGCCGCGCGGUUCUCCGGGCCUCGGCUGGAACGGACGUGCGGGUCGACACAGCCGCUUGUCGUCCAGCAGCUCCGCCGCAGACGAGGACGGCAUCUUUGUCAACACGGCCAGCAGCAAACUCCUGGAGCGAGCACACGACAUCCUCAUGAGGAACAAAAACUACAAAUCCAAGCCAGUUCUCCCGAAGCACUUACUGAAUGUCAAGUCUCUGAAGUACCUCAGCAACCUGACGCUUCACGACCGCAUCACCAAGUCACUGCUCCACCUCCACAAGAAGAAGAAACCACCGAGUAUCAGCGCGCAGUUCCAGGCCUCUCUCAAUAAGCUGAUGGAGACUCUGGGUCAGUCUGAGCCUUAUUUUGUCAAGUGCAUCCGUUCCAAUGCUGAGAAGCUGCCCGUACGGUUCAACGAUAACCUGGUGCUGAGGCAGCUGCGCUACACUGGCAUGCUGGAGACCGUGCGCAUCCGGCAGUCAGGCUACAACAUCAAGUACAACUUCAAGGACUUUGUUCAUCACUUCUGCGUGCUGCUGCCAGAGGGAAGCAGUGCCACCAGAGCAGGCAUCCAGGGAUGUCUGGACCGGCUGGACCUGCAACCAGAUGGGUACCAAGUGGGAAAGACAAUGGUGUUCCUGCGGGAGGCUGAGCGUCAGCAGCUGCAGGCCCUGCUCCACAGCGAAGUGCUCCGACUCAUCGUCAUGCUGCAGCGGCGAUUCAGAGCCCGACUGGAGAGGAGGCACUUUGUCAGGAUGAGGGAAGCGGCAAUCUGCAUCCAGAAAUGGUGGCGUUUUUACCAGUCCGUAGAAGAGGAGGAGGAGGAAUAUGACCCUUAUGUCCAGGAGGGGGCGGCGUUGUGUCUGCAGGCUCACUGGAGAGGCUACAGGGAGCGCCAGAGGUUCAGGCAGUGGAGGGAGGCCGCCCUGGUGCUGCAGAGGGCAUGGAGGUCAUGGCUCCAGCGGCGCUGCACCGCAGCUCUGGUUAUUCAGACGGCCUGGCGCUGUCACCGGGCCAGAGACGCCUACUUGCGUCUGUAUUGCGCCGUGGUGCGACUGCAGGCCUUCGGCAGAGGCUUCCUCGCCAGGCAGAGCUUCAGGGAACUGAGAGAACAGAGGCUGACGGAGGAGCAGCAGCAGGAGAAGCUGCUCCAGCCACAGAAUGGCCAGGUGAGUCUCUCACCAGAUGAAGAAGAAGAAGAAGAGGAGGAGGAGGAGCCGACAGAGAGAAUCAUGGGGUUGGACCUCAGCACGUGGCAGGACCGUUCCUACCAGCAACGACAACGCAGCCUCAGCAGCGACGAUGCCGCCAUCCGGGAGGAAGCAGAAGGAGGAGAACAUGCUGCGACAAAAGAGGACUCCUCUACAGCGCUGACCGAAGGCCCGGGCUCGACCUCGUCGUCCACCGUGGUGGUGCGAGAGAGGUCAAGAACUGUGGACGAGCCCGGCCAGAAAACCACCCGGUCCAAGAGAGAGAGCCGGCGGAUGAGGGAGUUGGAGCAGGCCAAGUUCAGCCUGGAGCUCCUCAAGGUCCGGGCAACCAGCGGCGGAGCCUCGUCCCCGUCCGAGGAACGCCGUUGGUCCGUGGAGCUGGUGGCCCCUGCAACCCCGACCCUGUGUUCACCCCAGGGCACCCCUGACAGCCAGAGCUCCAAGGGCAGCUUCGAGCUCCUCAGCAUGGACGAGGUUGCCCCCAAGGCUACGGAGGAGGUGACGGACAGUGAGGACCCCUGCUCCCCCGUUUCGUCAGUGUUUGAGCCUAACGAGGAGGUUGUUUCAGCGAGCCCGCCGCCAGAGGAGCCACGUGCAGCAGGAGUUUCCGAUGCUCCCGCUCAACCAGGCAGCCAGGGCCGGGCCGAUAUGGACCUGGCGGCGGCCCCCGCCGCCCCCACACAUCCGCCCAAAAUCGAGAACUACCUCCCGACCUUUUACGUCCCUGCUGGUGAGGGCAGCGCCGCCGUCUCCCGUCGUCCUGCUGAGGAGCCUCAACAGAGCCCAGAGGCAGCCGUCUCUACGGCCAAGCCGGUCAGAGAGCGGCAAGAGUCAAUGCGUAGACCGGUGGUCGUGGUCAUUAGUAUGCAGAAGGAAUCGCCACUAAGCGAAGAGCUGUUUGACUUUGUCCGUCCCCCGGUUGAGGUCCGCAAUUCUGCAGCCCAGGCGGCCGAUGUCACACCAUCACCCCGAAAACCAGAGCCAGCGACUGUGCCUCGAGGUCCCGUCCCCGCUCCCUCCUCCGUGCCUCGUGCCGACCAGGCCGUCAUUGACAAACUGGUGCGGCUGAACGAGGAGAAAGAGGAGCGGCAGCGCAGCCAGCGGCAGCAGAAUGAAAAGGAGAUGAUGGAGCAGAUACGCCAGCAGAAGGAAGCGCUGGAGCGGCAGCGGCGGUUCUUCGCUCAGUAUGAGCGGGACAUGUUUGAGAAACAGAGGGGCGAGGCCCUGCACAGGAUACAGCAGAGUCGACAGGGCGGACCAGACGUCGGCAGAACCGAGACCUCCGGCAAACCCCUCAGGCCCAGUUCGCUGCAGACCGAGAGGACGGCAGGGCUGGCUCCUCACGCCAGAACACAGUCGGACUCCACUGCUCGCUCACUGCACCCUCCCCCAGGUGCGGAAAUCAAAGGCGGCGCCCCUUACCCCCAGCUGCCUCCUCCGCCCGCCUCUGCUGCCAGGCACAAACACGUGGAGAGCAGGCCCGCUGCCGAGGGCUGGGCGCCCAAACUCAAGCUGGAGUCCAGAGACGGGGGAGGAGGAGCCAGAGGCAGAGCCGCUGCCAAGAAGCCCCCAGGUCAUCAGGGCGCCACGGUCAGCGUGACGGAUAAGUCAGGAAAAAUCUUCUUCUCUCCAGAGGACAAAGUGACUUUUGCAAAGUUUGACGGUGACGCUGUCACCAUAGAAACACACGUGUCCAUCCCCAGAGAAGCAGCCACACCAGUCGCCAAGCCUGCGAAAGGAACAAAAGCGCGGGAUGUUGGCAGAGUGGGCCAAAAAAAGAAAGCCAGAAUGGCGCGGACCCGCUCCGACUUCCUCACCCGCGCCCCCGUCACCUCGCUCGGGGGCGAUUCCGACGAGGACGGCUACGACGGCGGCGGCGGCUCCCUCAGUUCCCGUCAUUACACCCUACCCCUCUCCAAACAGGGCUCCACGGACGGAGGCCUGCGAGAGUCCUGUUUCAGUGACUCAGACAUGCCUGCGAGCUCUGAGGAACAGAAGAAGAUCCACAAAGCCAUGUCGUCAGGAGAUCUGGUCAAAGUGGACUCGAUGCGCAAGAACUCACAAGAUGGAAGGGUCCGUGGUAAGAUGCGUUUCUGGGGUAAGACCAAGAACGGAGACAAGAAGACGUCCAGAGAGAAGCUGAUCUGUGGGGCUGAUUCCAUGGAUGGAGACUACGGAGACACUGGGCCACUGUUGGGCGAGGCAGGUCAGGAGAACAUGUCGCCCCCCUGCAGUCCCGAUCUGACCACGCUGGACCGAGGGUUCCGAGAGCUGAAGGAGAACAAGGAACCGUCUCCCAAGGUGAAGCGGAGGCGCAGCGUCAAGAUCAGCAGCGUGGCGCUGGAAUCUGCCCAGUGGCAGAGCGACGCGCUGCAGAUCCUCACCUGCACCAACGACUACAGGAGCAUGAACGACUUCCUCAUGAAGAAGAUCAACGACUUGGAAACCGAGGACAGUAAGAAGGACACCAUGGUGGACGUUGUGUUUAAAAAGGCCUUGAAAGAAUUCCGUCUGAACAUCUUCAACUCCUACUCCACCGCGCUCGCUAUGGACGACGGUAAGAGUAUCCGCUACAAAGACCUCUACGCUCUGUUCGAGCACAUCUUGGAGAAGACCAUGCGACAGGAGCAGAGGGACUGGAGCGAGUCCCCCGUCAAAGUGUGGGUCAACACCUUCAAAGUGUUCCUGGACGAGUUCAUGACGGAGUACAAGCCACUGGACAGCACACUCAGCAAGCCGGCUCCUAAACCUGAACGCAAAAAACGGAGGAAAAAGGAGACGGACAUAGUGGAGGAGCAUAAUGGCCACAUCUUCAAGUCCACGCAGUACAGCAUCCCCACGUACUGUGAAUACUGCUCAUCGCUCAUCUGGAUGAUGGACCGUGCCUGUGUGUGCAAAUUGUGCCGGUACGCCUGCCACAGAAAGUGCUGCCAGAAGACGACCACCAAAUGCAGCAAGAAGUUUGAUCCAGAGCUCUCCUCCAGACAGUUCGGAGUGGAAGUCUCCCGCCUGACUAACGACGAGCGGACGGUGCCCCUCGUAGUGGAGAAGCUCAUCAACUACAUCGAGAUGCACGGCCUCUACACAGAAGGAAUAUACAGAAAAUCCGGCUCCACCAACAAAAUCAGGGAACUCAAGCAGGGACUCGACACGGAUGUGGACAGCAUGAAUCUGGACGACUACAACAUCCAUGUUAUCGCCAGCGUUUUCAAGCAGUGGCUGAGAGACCUCCCCAAUCCUCUCAUGACAUUUGAGCUGUAUGAGGAGUUUAUACGUGCCAUGGGUUUGCAGGACAAAAAGGAAAUGCUCAGAGGGGUGUAUUCAGUUAUUGACCAGCUAAGCAGAACUCACCUAAACACUCUGGAACGCCUCAUAUUUCAUCUUGUCAGGAUCGCCUUGCAAGAGGAGACGAACCGCAUGUCAGCUAAUGCCUUGGCUAUAGUUUUUGCUCCCUGUAUCCUGCGCUGCCCGGACACCAUCGAUCCACUGCAGAGCGUCCAGGACAUCAGCAAGACGACUGCGUGUGUAGAGCUUAUCAUUUGCGAACAGAUGAAUAAGUACAGAGUGCGACUAAAGGACAUCAGUACCCUGGAGUUUGCUGAAAAUAAGGCCAAGUGCAGACUGACCCUCAUUCGGCGGUCGAUGCCAAAUGCAGCCAAGAAGGGGAAAGGACACUUACAGCGACUAAGCUACACACCGUCGCCGCCCGUCAGUCCCCGGCUGCCACCGGUGGCCAACGCCGCGGUGGAGGAGAGCGGCGGCGAAGAGGGAGCGGACUCGUCUGCUGAAAUCUCCGAGCAUCAGCAGGCGGCCAUGCAGCAGGAGGAGCGGGUGUUGACGGAGCAAAUUGAAAGCCUGCAGAAAGAGAAAGAGGAGUUGACCUUUGAGAUCCUGACUCUGGAGCCACGGGCGUCGGAUGACGAGACCCUGGAGUCAGAGGCCUCUAUCGGCACAGCUGACAGCUCUGAAAACCUCAACGUUGACUCUGAGGGAACCAUUUCUGACUUCUCUGAAAGAGGCCCGGUGUUGACGUCUCCGUGGCCUCGAAGGUCUGACGGGAAGAGCCCCCGGCACCGGGUUCUCCACCGGCAGCCUGACUCUCUGGACUCUGUUGACUCCUGCUACAGUGUUUCCUCCUACUCGUCCUCGUCGCACUUCCACCCUUCAUCCUCGUCCUCGUCCUCUGCCACCGGCCGCCGCUUUCGUUUCCACUCCAAGUCUCCCUCUCAAGGCUCAGGUUCAGCCCAGGCCCAGUCCCAAACCCAGCCCCAAUCCCAGGCCCUGAAUGCAUCUCGAGCCUCCCGAUCCAAUAGCAUAGACAGCAGCCCUACAGGAGACCACGAAGGCACGUAUGACGAAAGGCCCCAGUUUACCAGCAGAGGCACCUUCAAUCCGGAGAAGGGCAAACAGAAACUUAAGGGGGGCAGGCAAUCAACCCAGAGGCACCCCAGGGACAGCGGUGGCCAUGGCAGGGACCCUCCAGACAUACAACAGCAGCUGGUAUUGUAUGGCAGCAAUGAAUUCAUGGUAUGAAGGACAAUGGGACACCAAAGCACUCCCUAUCCAACUCCCAUAUGUGUUCUCAAUGGGAGGUGACGUAGUGGCAACUAAUCUCCAACUUCUAAACAGCGCUCUCGCUUAGCUUUUCCUUGUUGAAGUCCGCAGAGACGUGUCCCCGAGUGCUUCCACCUCCGGACGGGGGGAGAUGUUUGACCAUACUGCCACCCAUGCUCUCACAGUGCCUCGGCAGCUCUUCACUCAGCGCCAAGAAGGGGGCCACACUGAGCAGGAGGACAGAGAAAAGGGAAUGUUGGAAAAUGCGUAAAAAGACCACCCGGCAUCAGGGAACGUUACAGGGCUGGAUAGCUGAAGCAGUGUAGUGCGGCAAAGUGAGAAGAAAUGGGGCAACAUCAGGCGUCGGUGAACUUAAAGCUCUCCACUAUUAGCUGCUUUUUGAGUUUACAGUUCCUAACAAAUGAGUUUAAGCAGUGGUUGCUCUCGUUAUUACAAAUGUAUUUUUUCCCCUUAUUUAAUAAAUUUUAAUGUCACAGAAAUUCUUUAUAGCGUAUAAUAUACAGGUAUAAAUACUGUACAAAGCCGGAACACCAGCCUCUGCUGGGUAGUUAAAAUAUUUAUCUCAUUUUUUUUUUCUUCUUUUUUUUUUCUUCUUUUGAGUACCAUGGACAGAGAUGUACGGACUUGUGUGUGUGUGUGUGUGAACGUGUGUUUGCGUGUGUGUGCGUGCGUGUGUGCCGAGCGCUCAUGCAUGACUGUAUGUACUAAGAAAAACCACUUCACGUGUUUUUAAGUUCGUGCUGCUUAUUUCCCCCUUACACGGGAAAUACCGCCAUCAAAGGGACCAAGUCAGUGUUGGUGUUGUUCCAGCCAAGGGGAUCCCAGCUCUGUAAAGAAUGUUGGAUGUGUAUAAAAAAAAAUCCAUGCAUUCACUGCUUAACAGCCAUACAACAAUUGUAAUGUACAGUACAGUUCAUAUGUACAGUAUAGUGGACAAAUGUCAUUCUAUUCUUGAAAACCCAUUGUUACCCCCAUUCCCGAACCCCUCCCUACCUCCUGUCUCUGAAGUGUUUGCUCAAUAGCAACCAAGCACAUAAAAUCAAAA